UCGGUCCGACGGAGUCUCAAUCACGCGAGCAGCAUACACCAGCACACCCUACGCCUACCAAUCACAGAUCCAAUGACCUCGAAUCGACACUCCUGCAUACCAUACGUCCGCACCGUCUAUAAGAAUAUCUGGCACUCCUCCCACCGGUACAAUCGCGCCGUUCCCAUGUGCCUGCUGUCAGGUCGAAAUCGACAUCAGCCACCCGCGCUGUCAUUCUCACCACUUAUGGCUCACCCAUCCGCACAAGAUAGAUAAUGGCGUUCUGCGGCAGUCGCGUGAGGCUGAAAAUCGCGAAACCACUAUAAAUACGCUGUCUUGAUCUUCUCGACCGAUCGUCGGAACCUUCUGUGAGUUCCUCAGAGCCUUGGCGUGUCGGAAUCCGAGAAGCUUGCAACGACCACUGGGAAUCAUAUUUCACGGACACUGAGAUGAAUACAAACAAUGCUAAUGACUACCCAAAACGAAACUACCGAUAGCAUAUAUGGCACAAGCUGGAUGGUGCGGGUCAGAACCAUUCCACCGUGAACGUCCACUCGCCCGUCUCGUAAUCGAAGUUCUCAAAGUGCGUGGCUUUCAUGUGUUUUAGUCGCUUGAGGGUUCGGAUGGCAGCGGGAUGCGAUGGAUCCUUGAUCGGCUCCCGGGUGGCUUUAUCUACAGCCCAGCAGUUCAGCAGUCGUAUUCUGGCAGGCACAUUGAGCCCGGAGCCGACAGGCGGCUUCUCCACCUCUGGGAUAUCGGGAUAGACGGCACACUCCUUGUCGUCGAAUUGGAUGACCAGCCCAAACAGCUCGUCCAGCUUCUUGAUCCCGGUCAGAUCAACCGGCUUGAGGAACGUCACCUCGCCGUAACCCGCGCGGCCGACCGUCAGGCCUUUGUACGACGUCAGCUCCCCGUGGCUGGCCAGCCGCAGGACCGACAUAUCCGGCCGGGACCAGUACUCGCCCUCCAGCGGCUCAAUCUCGUCGUACCGGUCACCAUCCUCUGCGGCGGGCGGCGGCGCGGCUGCCGUGAACCGAGUACCGCCGCCGGCAGUCGUUCGGGCAGCGGGCGUCGGCGAGUCUUGGCCCGGCGAGUGCGCCUGCGUCCGCGCAGUCUCCUUCUCGCGCAUCGCGAUCCCCAGCGCGGGACUAAACACGAUCUUGCCUCGGCCGGGCGACCCAGCCGUCAGUUCGUUCGCGUCGACCUUCUUGUCCAGAAUCAGCUUCUUCACACCGCUGCGCGACCCGCUGCCCAGCGCCGGGCUCGCACUCCGCCCCAGCGCAUCGGGGGAUUGCAACGUGCGGCUCAGCGAGAGGGCUCCCGGGACAGCACUGGUGGUGAAGUUGAAGGGAUUUGCGAGCGUAGGCCGGAUCGCCGAACUCCUGGACGCGCCGAAUCCGCGCAGCUUCGAGCUCGCGGGUGUCCGGCUGCGCAGUUGCUCCAGAGAUGGCGGAGGAGGUGCGAUGAACAUCGGCAUUCGCUUUUUCGGUGGAAGCUCCAACGCGUACGGUCCCGGUCCAGUCGGCAGCAUAGCAAACAGGUCCGCAGAUAUUGGCUCGGCAAUCGAGGCGGGGUUCGACUGAGUGAGUGCUGGCGCCAAUGGUUUCGCAGCCGUGCUCCCGAAGAGGCCAUUCGUUUGACUGUUCCCGAAAAGAGAGGGUCC